AGGAUAUCAAAGAGCAUGUUUGAGUACGUGUCAUAGUUCAUGAAAACAAUGAUUAACCUGAUAGUGCAAACAAAGAGCUCAAAGAGCAUUUGCAGAGGACACGAUUCACUCAGUCUGACUGCUGAAUGCGGAGAGGAAGCUCAUCUGCAGACCAACUGAUCCAACUGUCAGCAGCCCACCGAUCCCUCCACAAUGGAUGAGUUUGACGGCUUAACUCCCAGCGAAACUGUGAAACGAGUGUCUGACUCUCUGGGCUGCAGUCCGACCUCUGCAGAAGUUGCCGCUUACUUCGACAAACAGGACAAACUGCGACAUCUCAGGGAGGAAUUUCUGGUGCCGAAAAUUACAGAGCUGCCGCCUUCUGAUCUCUCGCUGGUCAGUGGUGCCAAGGAGUGCAUCUACUUUUCGGGCAACUCGUUGGGGCUGCAGCCUAAAAAUGUCAAGAAGUACCUGGAAGAGGAACUGGAGAAGUGGGCCAAGAUUGCUAUCCAUGGACACACAAUGGGUGCGAGACCUUGGGCAUGGGCUGAAAACAACAUUGAGGAACUGAUGGCCAAAGUUGUAGGAGCUAAAACUGAGGAAGUGGCACUGAUGAACGGUCUGACAGUAAAUUUACAUCUUCUGUUGCUUUCCUUCUACAAACCCACUGAAACUCGACAUAAAAUCCUUCUAGAGAACAAGGCCUUUCCAUCUGAUCACUACGCUGUGGAGUCUCAGAUCCGUCUGCGAGGACUCGAUCCUAAGGACAGCAUGCUGCUGCUGUCACCCAAGCCGGGAGAAGACACCCUGAAAACAGAGGACAUCCUGGAGGUGAUCGAGAAGCAGGGCGACUCUAUCGCAGUGGUGAUGUUUAGCGGGGUUCAGUAUUACACCGGCCAGCUGUUCGACAUGGCCCGCAUCACCGAGGCUGGCCAGAGGAAGGGGUGUUAUGUCGGCUUCGACUGUGCCCACGCGGCAGGAAACGUCGAGUUGAAACUGCACGACUGGGGUGUCGACUUCGCCUGCUGGUGCUCCUACAAGUAUAUAAACUCAGGUGCUGGUGGUCUCGCUGGGGCAUUUAUCCAUGAGAAACACAAACACACCAUCAAACCAACGCUGAUGGGAUGGUGGGGACAUGACCUGAAGUCUCGGUUUCAGAUGACUAACGUGAUGGAGCUGCAGCCCGGAGUGAGCGGCUUCAGGCUGUCGAACCAACCAUUCCUGCUGGUCUGCCCACUGCAGGCCAGUCUGGAGGUGUUUAACAUGACCACCAUGCAGGCGCUGCGCAAGAAGUCCCUCCUACUGACGGGCUACCUGGAGUAUCUGAUUAAGCACUACUACACUAAGGACCCGGCUCAGCCUCACAAACCUCACAUCCACAUCAUCACACCGUCGGACCCUCAGCAGAGAGGCUGUCAGCUUUCGCUCUCCUUCUCUGUUCCCAUCAAACGAGUCUUUGAGGAGCUGGAGAAGAGGGGCGUCGCUUGUGACAUGAGGGAGCCCAGCGUGCUGCGAGUUGCUCCGGUGCCAAUGUACAACUCCUUCAGUGAUGUCCAUCGCUUCAUCAGAGUGCUGGGAGAGGCUCUGGCCGCCAGCAAGCAAAAUUAGGAGAGGAACUGACUGCUGCAAACUCCUGUGUAUAAAAGGGACCGUUACCUAAUUGACUCAGAUUUAUUUUUUUCAUGAUUAUUAGGAUAGUUGUAAAGCAUUAUGCUUUCUUUAAACGCCUCAGGUCUCUCAUUUUGUACCUUUUGGAACCACUUGAGCCUCAUUAUCUUCACUGUAUUGUUAAACUUUUUAAAAAAAAUUAUUUUUAUCUGUUGCAGAGAUAUUUGUCAUAAAUUCUCAGAAGUAAAAGAGUUUUAGUUGACAGUUUAAAAUAAAGCUAAAAACAUCCUUCAGAUUGAGAGACAA